AUGGAGCUUGAUAUGGUGCCAGUGUCCCUGCCGAAGGCAGCGGUGCCCAUUGUGCUGCCGGUGCCACCGGGCGGCGUGAAGGUCCUUCCUCGUUGGGCAGCGGAAGAUGAGGUCUCGAAGUGGAGGUUGAGGUAUAGGCCGCAUGCCAAGGAGGACCCGACCAGCGAGUUUGAUGAGGGUGCUGCAUGGGUGGAGCUGGAGCUGCGCAACUUCACGCGUGAGUUGCCCCUUUCAAACCUCGAUGCCGGCCUCUUGCAUGACUUCAAAGUAGCAAUUCAAACGCCCGAGGGCUGGUCAGAUUGGAGCGUGGCAGCACAGUGCGAGGCUCCACCACCACAUCCGCCUGGAAAGCUGGCCACCCUCCUACCGCGGGUGCUCGACGGGUCCUCGGUGAAGGUACGCUGGACACCACCCAUUGAUUCGACCAGCGUCGCACCAGGCUUGAAGGUCCAGCGGUACAAGAUCCUGGUCACUUGGGCGCCACGCCCGGGCGAAGACGAUGUGUCGUGCAGCCGGGAGAUUGAGGUAGUUGACGAGACUGAGUCGCAUGUCAUCACUGACUUGGAAAGUCUUACAGACUACACUUUUCAGAUCGCAGCAGAGAAUGCAGCAGGCUGGGGUGAGCUGUCUGAUCCCACCGUGCCGGUACAGACUAUGCCGCCUGUGCCCACCACCCUCAAUCAACCGACGCUGCGCAGAGCCACACAUCACUCGGCAGUCAUCCAGUGGCAACACCCUCCUUUCUCAGAAGCACCAGUGAUGUCCUUCCGCUUUCGCCACACGUCGUCAGCCGACUGGAGUAGUGACGUGGUGGAGAUCCACGACGUGUCGCCUGCUCUGUCACAAUAUGUGAUUCAAGGGUUAAAGCCGGGACAUGUGUAUAUCUUCCAAGUCAGGGCAGUGAACAAGUACGGCAUGGGGAUAUGGAGCGACAGCAGCAUCCCAAUCCGCACAAUGGAUGGAGCAACUCCUUCUACCAUCGAAGACUUGCAAGCAUCCGAGAUCUACAAGUCCUUCAUCCGCUUGCAGUGGCGCCCAGUUGAUGAAAAUGGCUACCCGAUCACAGGAUAUCGACUCCGCUACGCCCACACGGAGGACAUGGCAGAUCCCGUUGAAGCUGUUCCAGCGGUGGUCCGGGAUAACGGCUUCGACACCUGCGAUAUCCGCCACCUGCGAAAGUUGAAGUACCACUUCCAGGUGGCGGCUAUCAACCACCUGGGCAUGGCAGAGUGGAGUGAGUUAGCUGUCGUCGACAUGUCUCGGGACUCCCCGGGAGGACUCGCAGUCUCACCAAAGUUGCGGGAGGUCAAGAUGAUUUCCCUGGCUGAAGGCCUCCAAUGUGAGCUUCGGUCCGGCGAAAGGUUGAAGACCGUGAACACCGUGAAGGAGAGGGCGCACGACUCGGUCAUCUGCUGGAAGUUCUUAUCCCCGCAGCGGACCCGCGCCUUCAACUCCUUUCAGUAUCUGAAGAAGGGUGUUGGGGAAGGCGUGUACACGCAGAUCUUCACAGCUGUGCGACCAGGACUGUUGGGCCAGAUCCGCGAGAAGCGGCAGAAGCUCGAGGGCAACAUGGCGCCGCCACCCGCGCCGAAGAAGAGGGCACGCCCGGCCAACACGUGCCGCCUGCCCCCUCCGGAGCCACUCCCGGCGCCUCGCAAGGCCGCCUCUGCAGCCUCCGCGACGCCGCGAAAGGCUCCGCAGUUUGCGGCCUCAAGGCAGUCGUGCAUGGCCGCGACGCAGUUCUUCGAUCCAGCCGACAAUGCGCACGCGGAGGAAGGUGGCAGCUGCCUGUGGAAGAACGGAUGCAUGGCGCGCAUGAGGAGGCACGAGCGGUGCAUCUACGGUGGACGCAUGCAGCCUUCCGUCAUCUCCCUGGUGGAUCGUGUCUUAAUCGGGCGAGGAGAAGCAUGUGACGUCAUCCUGGACUCGUCGCUGACUCCGCAGAUGAUCUCGCGAUCCCACGCAGUGGUGACGGUCGAGGACCACAGCUGCAUGAUCGAAGACCAAGGCUCACUCAACGGCGUACACAUCAACGGCACCCGCAUCUGUUCGAAGCAGGCUCUGAAGCAUGGCGACAUCGUCACCUUCGGCGUGCCCUCGCCGCAGCCAGAGUUCGACUACAUCUUCGAGAUGCGCAGCUGA